AUGGCCGCGCCACCAUCAAGCCGCACGGAUUUCAGAAUCGCGAUCCUCUGUCCCCUCCCCCUCGAAGCAGAAGUCGUAAAACCACUCUUUAGUCGGAUAUACCAUGCCGUUGAAUUUCCCACGCUUUUGAAAGUACGUGGUGAUCCGAACUCAUACACACUUGGAAGGAUCGGGACGUACGAUGUGGCUCUGGUACACAUGCCCAGUGCGGGGAAAGCAGUCGCUUCUAGCGUAGUGGCUCAUAUGAAAAUGAGCUAUCCUCGAAUUCAGAUUGCUUUUCUGAUAGGAAUCUGUGGGGGUGUCCCAUUCAUCGAUAAGUCACUGGCCGCGCGAGGUAAUACCAACAUUUAUCUUGGUGAUGUGAUAAUCGGUACAGGGGUCGUUCAGUAUGACCGCCUACCCCUUGGUCCAUAUCGCAAAGAUGCACUGGAGGAGAACCUGGGAAGACCGAACCAAGAGAUACAUUCUUUUUUGUCGAAGAUAAAGACCCGUGUUGAUACCUUGAGCGAUCGGCAAUGCCGUUAUCUUGCGAUGAUUCAACGGCAUGUGCGAGCACAGUGCCCAGGCGCUCAGUAUGACAUUGUCUACAGUCGGACGUACAAUCAUCGAGAGGUUAAUUGCCAGUGCUCUCUGGGUGUGGAUGCUGACGAGACGGUGGUUGCUCGCCGGCGCAACUUCGAUGUAGUACCAUUUCUGCAUUUCGGAACGCUGGGCUCAGGGGAUAGUGUUAUCAUGUCUCACAAAUUCCGCGACGAUAUCGCAAAAAAACAAAAGGUCAUAGGGUUUGAAAUGGAAGCGGCAGGUGUAUGGGGCCAGUAUCCUUGUAUCCUGGUCAAAGGGGUUAGUGACUAUGCUGAUAGCCAUAAGAGCAAACGCUGGCAGUACUUCGCAGCGGCAAGUGCAGCAGCCUGCAUGCGAGCGCUUCUGGACGAGGCGCCGAUAUCCGUUAACCAGGAAUCGACACUUGGUUCCAUCUCACGGGACCACGUACAGGGUCUUUUUUCUAUUGAAAAAGCCCAGGAGGUCUUCAUUCGUAUGUUGGGCUUUGGCCGAACCACUUUCCGUCUGAACGAAGUACCAGAAGCCCACAAAGAGACGUAUUGUGUCGUCUUGUCGUUUUUCUUCUCCAUCAAAGGGGCUGAUUUGGAGAGGUCGGCUAUUGAGAUGUAUCGAUCCUUACUGCAUCAGCUCUUCAGCUCAAGAGCGAUUCCGCCAGACGCAAAAGAUCGAUUUUCUGAGAUUGCAUUUAAUGCUGUAAGAAUCCGUGAAACUUCGAACUGGUGUAUAAGGGACCUCAAAGGACUGCUGCUGUCUGUCAUUCAAUCACUAAGGAAUCAACGGGUACUGCUUAUCAUCGAUGCCCUCGACCAGUGUCGGCAGGACGAAAGAGGCGAUACGAUUCUGUUUCUGCAGCACCUGGUUGACUUUGCGAUGGCAUCCGGGGCCUACUUGAAGGUGUGCCUCUCUAGUAGGCAUUAUCCCAAUUUAAACAUUACAUACGGCAUCGAACUUGUGCUGGAAAAUCAGCCAGAACAUCAUUCUGAUAUCAGAAAAUAUGUUGAAUCGACAAUUACAGGGGUAAGAUCCAGAGCAGCAAAGGAAGUGCAAGACAAAAUAUGCGUUAGAGCAUCAGGAGUUUUCCUCUGGGUCCACCGCGUUGUCCCCUCAUUGAAUGAAGCUUUCAAGAUGGGCGAUAUGCGGAAGGUGCAGCAUCUUUAUGACGAAACGCCACAUGAUCUAGAAAGGAUUUUCACCGAUAUCCUCACCUCUGAUGAAGAGGACAUAGACGACCUCAUCUUAUGUUUGCAGCUUGUCCUUUUAUCAUCCCGCCCGCUAUCGAGGGAAGAGCUCUAUUUCGCAAUUUCGUUCGCCGAUUGCGGACUAGCCAGACGGGAUAUAGACCUGCAAACCGACACAGCCCUCGAUAGAUUCAUAGUCCAUGUGUCCAAGGGGCUGAUUGAGGUUGUGCAGUCCAGGGCACAGUUCAUUCACGAGUCGCUGAGAGAUUUUCUCCUACGAAGGAACAGCCUCAGUACACUGCGGGCCGAGCUGAGACAGAACAUUAUCGGGAGAUCUCACGAGAAAAUCGCCCGGGUGUGCUUGAACUAUAUAUAUGAAGUCAGUGAAAAUAGAGCAUACUCGGAUGUAGUGAGAGAGUUGGCCGACCUUCCGCGGCAUAUGCGGUCCGAAUUCAUCAGGAGACGUAUCCCAUUCCUUGGUUAUGCUUGCUCCGACUUUCUGUAUCAUUUUAAGGCAGCCCAGGCUGCAGGUGUCCUGGAAGCUCCUUUUCUGAACCUCUCAAAGAUCUUCCAGAGCUUGAGGUCUUCCAAAGCUUGGGUGUCCGAGCCAUAG